GUGCUUUCAUUCCAUAAUCCCAAAUUUCUAUUUGUUCUGCCAAAUAUCGCGUCGGCGAUUGAGGAAACCUCAGAUUCGCAGUCGCAGCGAGAGGUCACAAAGACCGGACCGAGAGCGUCAAGGAGAUGGCCGCGGCGGAGGCCUCGAGUACGGCGAUAGGGGCGCCGGGGAGGUGGUCGCUCCACGGCAAGACGGCCCUCGUCACCGGCGGCACCCGCGGCAUCGGGCGCGCGGUGGUGGAGGAGCUGGCGGCGCUGGGGGCAGCCGUGCACACGUGCUCUCGGAAGGAAGCGGAGCUAGGCGAGCGCCUGAAGGAGUGGGAGGCCAGGGGCUUCCGCGUCACCGGCUCCGUCUGCGACCUCUCCGUGCGGGAUCAGCGGGAGCGCCUGCUCCGCGAGGUCAACGACUGCUUCGGCGGCAAGCUCGACAUCCUCGUAAACAACGUGGGGACAAACAUAAGGAAACCAACUACUGAUUUUUCUGCAGAGGAAUACUCACUUUUGAUGGCUACUAAUCUUGAAUCUGCAUACCACUUGUGCCAAAUUGCGCAUCCUCUUCUAAAAUUAUCUGGGUCAGGCAGCAUUGUUUUCAUAUCAUCAGUUGGUGGAGUAGUAGCCUUGUUUAGCGGCACUAUAUAUGCUAUGGCUAAAGGUGCCAUUAACCAGCUAGUGAAGAACUUAGCAUGUGAAUGGGCAAAAGACAACAUAAGAACCAACUCUGUUGCCCCGUGGUACAUCAAGACUUCACUUACAGAAGGGCUUUUGGCAAAUAAGGAAUUCGUGGAGCAAGUUGUGAGUCGAACUCCGCUUCGACGCGUCGGAGAACCAGAAGAAAUAUCGUCACUAGUUGCUUUUCUUUGCAUGCCUGGUGCCGCUUACAUCACUGGCCAGACAAUCUCGGUAGAUGGAGGAAUGACUGUCAGUGGGUUUUAUCCAACAAACUACUAGGCAGAGCCGCAGAGGCAUGGUCCGUACUGUCGUGGAAACGGCCAUAGCUGGUGGUACUCAUGGAGCUUACAAUAAACCUAAUAUGUAUGCGGAAGUGAGCGUAUCACGAAUCAAUCCAUGGUUACGGCCCAUUGUACAAUUUUUUUCCAGAACCAUGUGAAGAAGAUUGUGUUAGAUUUGUGCGGUACUCUGUGAUAGGUUUGUUCUGAAUAUGUGAAACCGCCUACCUGUUGUGCCA